CCUCCAGCUGGUCCCAGCCCAGACCGCUCCAGGAACGAUGAAGACAUACGCCGUGGUUUUGGUGAUGAAUCUGCUGGUGUUGUAUGUGAGUUUGGCACAGACAGGCGGGCUCCGGAGCACUCAGAGGACAGGGAACCUGGAAAAGUGGGAGAGGGACGUGAGGUCGGCCUCAAGCCUGGAGGAGUUGCUGAUGCUCACAGACUUUCCCGACUGGAAGCUCUGGAAGUGCCGCCUCAAGCUGAGGAACCUCGAGACGCCCGCGAGCACGGACUCGCGUCGAUCCACUCGCUACGCGGCCGCUGCUGCGACCUACAACCUGGAGAUCCUGCAAGCAAUUGAUGAGGAGUGGCAGAAGACCCAGUGCAUGCCCAGGGAGACGUGUGUGGAUGUAGCCAAGGAGCUGGGCACCCAUACCAGCAUGUUCUUCAAACCGCCAUGCGUGUCCGUCUUUAGGUGCAGCGGCUGUUGCAACAAGGAGGGUGUAUCAUGCAAAAACACAAGCAUGACUUAUGUGAACAAAACUCUCUUGACGGUGAUACCGUUUAAAUAUGGACCAGAGCCAGUGCUGAUAAAGGUCGCCAAUCACACAGAGUGCAAGUGCAUGGAGCCCGCACUCAUCCGAAGGCACGUUCCUACCCAGGGGCGAAGCGGGUGCAACCCUGUUCUGCACAGCUCCGGUUCCGAGGGCCCCAGCAGGCUUUGCCCAAGUGGGCAGAUAUGGGACUGUACAUCAGACAGAUGUGUUCCAUACCCAUCCAGAAAACACGGUGUGCUCCGCUCAAGAGCGCUGGAAUUUUCUGCCAGUCAUCGGAUGUCUGAUUGUGAAAUUGAUAUCGAUCAGUGUGACUGCGUGGUGAAUAACAGCACCAGGCUCAGACACGCUUGCCGCUUAAAUCCUGCUUCCUGUUCGGAGAAAAGCAGACGGUUCAAUUCAGUCUUGUGCAGCUGCAAGUGACUUUUCCCCUCAGUCUCUACAAGGCUUGAAAGAAGGGUCAAACACAAAGACAGACUGUUUAUUUAUUCAUAGGGCUAUUUAAAUGGUAUUAUGCAUAUUUUAUUACACAGAUUGAUGACUUACAAGAAUAUGACCGUGUUAAAUUAUUUAACACACAUUUGUUGAUUGUGCUGUUAUAUAAAUUGUUCAUAUGAAUGUCAUUUAUGCACUGAAAAAACCUGUAUAUUUCUUAUUAAAGUUAUUUUUAUAAUGCUUCAAGCUUCCCUAUUUAAUUUUGAGUAAAUAAAGUAUUUUUGUUGGUUGCUUGACCUCAGUUGUUUCACCUCUUUCUCACAAUUAAUUGCUAAGCUGAAAUCCUCUUCACGAAAA